AAUUCGAAUUCGAAUUCAUUAUGAAAAAUAUACCAAACCAAACCAAAUUAAGCCGACGGAGCGGUCACAUUUUUUGGGGUUUCCUCAAACGCGCCGCGACAGCCUGGAGCAGGUUCGUCUUGUCGACUUUAUGUACGGAUCAUCGCCAGCCGAACACAUUUACCUUCUUUUGUUCUUGUCUCUCCGCGUGCUUCCCCCGCGGCGGCGGCGGCGGCGGCUACGGCAGCAUCUGCCGGCGUUGUUCUAGCGCUUCUUCGCCUACCAGUCGGCCGAGACGUCGACGGCUGCUCGGAAGAGCCUGCGAGAGACGGCAGUUUUUCUUUCGUUGGUCGAACGCCACUGUCUAUGUUAGCGGAGGGCGACAGGAGAAAGCCUUUGUGAUUGGGAUCGCAUCGCUGUUCUCUGUCUUAGGGCUUAACAAAGGUAGACGGAUGGAGAGCGGAGGAGCGUCGAAGGAGGCCGGCCAGCAGGAGCGGCCGCCCCAACUGCGUGAGAGCCGGCGGUUGCCGGACUUCUUGCAGAGCGUGAACCUUAAGUACGUGAAGCUGGGUUACCACUACCUUAUCACCCACCUUCUGACCCUUCUGUUGAUACCGUUAAUGGUGGUGAUCCUCUUGGAGGCGGCGCAGACCGAUCCGGAUGACCUACGGCAGUUGUGGCUCCAUCUUCAGUAUAACCUCGUCACCAUCCUCGUCUGCUCCGCCUUCCUCGUCUUCGGCACCACCGUGUACAUUAUGAGGCUGCCCCGCCCCGUGUACCUCGUCGACUACGCGUGCUACCGCCCACCGGCGAAACUCGAGGUGCCUUUCCAGAUGUUCAUGUCGCACUCGCACCUGUGCGGGGCGUUCAACGAGUCGGCUCUGGAGUUUCAGCGCCGGAUCCUGGAGCGCUCCGGCCUCGGCCAGGAGACCUACCUGCCUGCCGCGUUGCACGACCUCCCGCCUCGGCCUUCUAUGGCCACUGCCCGCGAGGAGGCGGAGGAGGUCAUGUUCGGCGCCCUGGACAACCUUUUCAAGAGCACCGGCGUGAAGCCCAAGGACGUUGGCAUCCUCGUCGUCAAUUGCAGCCUCUUCAAUCCCACUCCCUCCCUCUCCGCCAUGAUCGUCAACCGCUACAAGCUCCGCGGCAACAUCAAGAGCUUCAAUCUCGGUGGCAUGGGUUGCAGCGCCGGCGUCAUCUCUCUUGACCUCGCACGGGACCUCCUCCAGGUUCACCGAGCCACCUACGCGGUCGUGGUCAGCACCGAGAACAUCACCCAGAAUUGGUAUUUUGGGAACCGCAAAUCGAUGCUCAUCCCCAAUUGCCUGUUCCGCGUCGGGGCUGCCGCCAUGUUGCUCUCCAACCGUUCGGCUGACCGACGGCGUGCCAAGUACAAGCUGCUCCACGUGGUCCGCACCCACCGCGGUGCCGACGACGGGGCCUUCCGCUGCGUCUACCAGGAGCAGGAUGAAAAAAACAAGGUUGGCGUAUCCCUCUCCAAGGACCUCAUGGCCAUUGCUGGGGAGGCACUCAAGAUCAACAUCACUACCCUCGGUCCUCUUGUCCUUCCAAUUAGUGAACAACUCCUCUUCUUCACAACUCUUGUGGCCAAGAAGCUCUUCAAUGGCAAGGUGAAGCCCUAUAUCCCGGAUUUCAAGCUUGCGUUUGACCAUUUCUGCAUCCAUGCUGGAGGCAGGGCUGUGAUCGAUGAGCUAGAGAAGAAUCUGCAUCUCCUGCCUGAGCAUGUGGAAGCUUCACGGAUGACCCUGCACCGGUUUGGCAACACCUCCUCCAGCUCUAUCUGGUACGAGCUCGCAUACACUGAGGCUAUGGGCAGGAUGAGGAAGGGACAUCGUGUGUGGCAGAUUGCUUUUGGGAGCGGCUUCAAGUGUAAUAGUGCAGUGUGGCAGGCUCUUCGCAAUGUGAAGGCUUCUCCAGAUAGUCCAUGGGAGGAUUGUAUCCAUAGAUACCCUGUUGAAAUCGUUGAUGGGUUUCCAACUCAGCCAUCGGAGCAGAAAUAGUGAUUCAUUGGAUGUUUGGCUAAAAUGAUGAAGCUUGAUUAAGUUAAUUAGUUUCUUUGUGGAUUUGUCAGGUCCUUUUAGAUAUCAUAUUCUAAUUGAUUAUCAUCUCAUCAGGGAACUCAGGAAGUUAGCUAUCUUGGUACUCUAUUUGAGGUGCAUUUGCAAGUUUUUUCAAAUCAGCACAUUGCUAUUCUUGUAUCAUCAGGACCUUUCAAUAACAUGCUAAGUUUCUGCUUAA